AUGGCAGCAACUCUAAGUCAACUUCGACCAUUAUCUAUAUCUACUCCUCCGCCGGCGGACAACGACAGCUCAAUUCCUAGAAGGGACAGCACAUCUAAUCGAAGGUCUUUCAUCAACACAUCUCCCGAACAACGGCUAGUCCGCAGGUCAUCUAAUCGGAGUUCCUGGUCAUCAGCUUCUAAUACCUCUCCCACCGACGUCCAAUCCCCCUUGUCAGAUUCCGCCUCCCCAGCUCCACGGAAAUUCCGACUUCCGGUCAGAGUUUCUACACAACCGUCCUUUGGUACUUCAGACUCAAGUCCCCAAGCCCGGAGACGUUCUUUGAGUCUCUCCUCAGACGGCAAAACGGAUAGCAAGACGUCGGACAGUAAACGACGUACCAGAAACCUUUAUCUCUCGCAGCUAGACGAGGACAAGGCCGAGGAGCUUCGCAAGAGCCCCAGACCGUCACCAAGAGUCGCAAGCCCCCCUCCACCUCCUUACGAGAAGGGCCCAGCAUCAACUGAGACCUCAAAAGUGUCCGAUAAGCCCAAGGAUACCCCCAAGCCAGCUCCGGCCGAAGCACCAAAGGCAGCGCCAGCUCCACCAGUCCAACCUCCUAAGUCACCGCGGAAGCAAGCGCCUCCUACUACCACCCCAACUCCUCAGAGAACUCCAGCUCCACAGAGACCUCCAGCUCCUCAGAAAAUGUCUUCCUCCAGCAGCCCCGAGCCCCAGAGGACCGGCGUCGUCGGCCCCAACCCCGGCCAGAACCCCAACCAGCCACGUGGGUUUGACCUGUCCAUGCAGAACGGCCAGAUGAAAGGCCAAGUCGGCCACAGCCUCCCGCUGCCCGGCCUCUCCGGUGUGGCCAACGGUCCAGUCGGCAAUCUUCUCAAGGGCCCUGUCGACGACAAUGGCAACCUGAAGGGUGCUGCGUUGACCGUCGGUAUCAAAUUGGAUUUGGAGGCUGAGGUCCAUCUCUCGGCCCGUGUUAGGGGUGACAUCCUCGUUGGUCUUUAUUAG